AUCAAACACACAACUAAAAAAAAAGAAAAAAAAGAAUUAUUUAUAUAAUAUUUCUUUUAAAAAAAUAAUUUACACUUAUAAAAAUUUAUAUAUUUUGAUAAAUAUAUAUAAUUAAUUUAUUAUUAUAAAAUAUUUUAUAAUAAUUUAAAAAUUGUUUUUUUUUAAUGUAAUUUUAUUUUUCAAAAAUUUUUAUACCUUAAAACAAAUUCUAUUAUAUAAUUCAUUGUAUAUACAUAACUAUAUUGGUUGUAUAUAUAAUCUUAUAAAUUAAAAAAUUAGUUCAAGUAAAUACUCAAAAAUGAUAUCUAGUAAACAUGGAUAUAAAAAAACGAGAAUUAAAACAAAUACGUCCGAUUCAGAUUUGUUUAAUUUGGUUAUGCCAAAGGCAGAGACAGCAGGAUUUAAGUCAAAACAGGGUGGUAUUUCAAGGAAAGCAAUUUCAUGGGCUAAAUUCUCACAAAACAACAAUUUCUUUUUAUGGACAUUUUUAGCAGUUAUUGGGUUAGUUGGGUCAUUUUAUUUAGUAGCGGUAGAUUUAAUAUUCAAUUAUGGUGUAUUUGCAUUCCGAACCAAAUUUUUAGAAUUUACCAAUAAUUAUUUUGUUCAAUACCUUAGUUAUAUUUUGUGGACUGUAGUUUUAGCGACAUGUUCAUGUUUCAUCAUCAAAAAAAUUUGUUACAGCGCAAUAGGUUCGGGUGUACCCGAUUUAAAAUCGAUAUUCUCGGGUUUCUGGAGUCCCGAUGUCGUGGAGCCAACAGUAUUAUUUUGGAAAACUAUUGGUCUUUUAUGCUCCUAUGGUAGUGGUUUGUCAAUCGGUAAAGAAGGUCCAUAUAUUCAUAUCUCUGCUGCAUUAGCAAACACAAUUCUUUCAAUUAAACCAUUCAAAGGUAUCGUUGCCAACGACACUGAACGAGCUCAACUAUUAGCUGCUUGUUGUGCAUUGGGUGUUGCUGCUACUUUUGGUUCGCCUAUUGGUGGUGUACUCUUUUCAAUUGAAGUAACUGGUACCUAUUAUCUAAUUUCCAAUUACUGGCGUGCUUUCUUUACUGCCACCGUUGGUGCUAUUGGUAUCAAAAUUCUCUUAUCAGCCCCAUCAAAUAGUUUAUUAGAAUCUUAUCGUACCGAAUCAAUUACAUUGAACCUUGCCUCUGUUCAAAUCAUUGCUUUUAUUAUAACUGGUGUUGCCUGUGGUUUCUUAGGUUCUCUUUUUAUAUCUCUAUAUACUAAAAUUUAUAAUUGGAAAAAACAUAAUCAAGAACUAUUUAAUAAAAUAACACCCUUUGGUGAAGUAAUUAUUGUGGCCGCUGCAACAGCCAUAUUAAGUUUCCCAUUAAAUUUCUUAAGAUUGGACCACGCAAGUGCAGUACAUGCAAUGUUUAAGGCAUAUGGUGAAAACAAUGAAGAAUUAAAAACAUGGACCGAAUCUAUACCAUUCGACAAUGGUAUUAUUAUAGCAUGUCUUCUUUAUAUUAUUGUCAAAUUAGUAUUAACAGCCGUAUCAAUUACAUUGCCAAUCCCUUAUGGUAUUUAUAUUCCAUUGUUUGCAAUCGGUGCUGCAGUAGGUAGAGUUGUAGGUGAAAUUAUGAAAUUAAUAUUUCCACAUAUGACCGAUAUUUAUCCACCUGGUUACGCAGUAGUAGGAGCGGCAGCUUUGUGUGGUGGCGCAACGCGUACAGUAUCAUCAGCAAUGAUUAUUUUAGAACUUACCAACGAUUUAACAUAUAUGGUUCCUGUUUUGACUGGUGUAGUACUUUCAUGUGGUAUUGGUAAUCUUAUAAACGACUCUAUUUACGACUGUUUCUUGAAAAAUAAAAAUUUACCAUACCUUCCAUUCUACAAAGCAAAGUCUGAUGCUUUACUGGCCAGAGAUGUUAUGCGAAGCGAUGUCAACUAUGUGUGCCAAAAAACCUCAUUACUCAAAAUAUCACAACUUUUAAAACGUUCCGAUGAACGUGCUAUUCCAGUUUUAGAAAGUGAACAAGAACAUUAUUUAAUAGGUACAAUUUCAAGAAAUACUUUAGAAGAAAUCAUUUUAUAUUAUGAACGUUUACACUCAUACUCCUCAAAUAAAUCACCAUUAUCACUAUCAAAUGACAACAACGAUGACGAUGGCAGUAGUUCUCAUCAUCACCAUGGUGAUUCAAUUAUAUCAAUUAAUGAAGAUAUUCGUCAUAGUUCCCACAGUAAUAUGGAACAAAAAUCAUUACUCCGAGAUAAUAGUAGCAACGGUAUCGAAAUGUCAGUUUUAUCAGAUGAAGAAGUUGAUGAACAUAAUAACUUAAUUAAUAACAACAAUAACAAUAACAAUAACAACAAUAAUAACAAUAAUAAUAGUAACAAUAAUUAUCCAAUAAAUCAAGAUAAUAAUGAUGGUGAUAACAACAAUAAUAACGAAACAGAUGAACAGGGUGAAACUAUCAUUGAUUUAGUUCAAAUGGAACUUCAAAAUCCUUGGGUAGUUAUCGACUCUUCACCAUUUUUGAUUGUUGAAACCAUGCCAGUUAGAAAAAUCGUUUUUAUGUUUAUGAUGCUCGGUGGUAAUUCAGUUUAUGUUACCAACAAGGGUAAAUUAUCUGGUAUAGUUGUAAAAUCAGAAUUAUUUAGAAAUUAUAAUAAUUAAAAAAAAUAUUUUUAUUUUUUAUUUCUUUUUUUUUUAUAUAUUUACAAAAUAAAGAUAAAACAUAUUUUAUUUAUUUAUUACUUUUUUU